GCUCUGACCAUCAUAGAGAAGAUCCUUCACUCUCACCUCUCAACAGAGAAGACCCUUCACUCUCUCCUCUCAACAGGGAAGACCCUUCACUCUCUCCUCUCAACAGAGAAGACCCUUCACUCUCACCUCUCAACAGGGAAGACCCUUCACUCUCCCCUCUCAACAGAGAAGACCCUUCACUCUCACCUCUCAACAAAGAAGACCCUUCACUCUCUCCUCUCAACAGGGAAGACCCUUCACUCUCUCCUCUCAACAGGGAAGACCCUUCACUCUCUCCUCUCAACAGAGAAGACCCUUCACUCUCACCUCUCAACAGGGAAGACCCUUCACUCUCCCCUCUCAACAGAGAAGACCCUUCACUCUCACCUCUCAACAAAGAAGACCCUUCACUCUCUCCUCUCAACAGGGAAGACCCUUCACCUCAACUCAAAAUUCACUUGUCUGACUCUCUAGAGCAUUUCCCCUGGACAGCCAUGAAGAUGACAAUUAAGCAGACCUUAACUUUGGCCAUUUUGCUUUUUCAACUGACCAUCUCGGUUGAAGGAGGGGGGACUGGGUCUGGGCCGGUUCAACAGAGCAAAGUUUAUGACUAUACUUUUGGGGAUAUCAUCAAAUUUGAUCGAAUUGGGUACAACCACUAUGCAAUUUGGGUGGGUGAUGAAGUGUUUGGCGAUCCCAAUAUAAGAAAAAAUGGACAAAAUAUUUUUCACUUCCCAGGUCAAUUAAUCUCCACAGUUACAAAAUGUGCCUUUGAUUCACUGGAUGCGGUUAAAGGCAGUAGUACCCCUGUGGUGGACAAUUAUCUAGAUGGAAAUGAUCGUGUUAUCAGAACACGUGAAGAGAUGAUUCAAGAUAUUGUGACCCUGAAUAUUGAUUGUGGGAAAUACUUUGUUAUCAAGAACAAUUGUGAGCAUAUUGCCACAACUAUUCGCUACGGUGGGGCUUCCUGCUUUCAGCAAGGUUCCAAUCCACUUACUGAAAUGGCGGCGAAAUUCUGCUGUGUUACCAAUAGAGUUGCCGAAACACUCAAGAACAAUCAGAAGACGGGGCGUGGCAGAAGAGGUCUUGGUCUCCUACAGGUUGAAACCCGUGCCAACCAGGGUGCACCAGCUGCUUGAGUUCUAAACCUCUCAGAUGUUCUCUCUCUCUUCCAUCCUCUCUGUCUCUGUAUGAAGUGAGUUCUAAACCUCUCAGAUGUUCUCUCUCUCUUCCAUCCUCUCUGUCUCUGUAUGAAGUGAGUU